AUCCCUAUAAACGCGACAACUUAUGGACAAUGUUACCGCCACGCAACUCUCCCCUAUGAACAAGAAGUGUAAAGGAGGUAACUCCACGAACCCUGAUCACGACAUUCGUAUACCUGUCCAUAUACACCUCACCCGCCAAUGAGCCCUUGCCGUGGCCCUGUGUUUUCUAAAUAUUGACUGUACUUACAGUUUCUGGUCUUAAUACAACAAAAGCGCCAAAACAGGUUGUACAUCGGUAUGGAUUUACAGUCAGGGGCGGCUGUCGCUCUACCCGAGCUUCUCAUUGAUUCCGCUUCUGACACUAGUCAUCACUUGGACUGUCUUCACUUCCCUCUCCACAAUACCACCGAUUCGGUAAUGCUUCAAUCCUCCGACAACAAGACUGGUAGAUGGAGCAAUCUGUUACUUGCAUAUAAGACACUAGGAGUUGUAUUUGGAGGGCUUGUGACAUCCCCAUUAUAUGUAUAUCCAUCAAUGCAUUUAAAUUCUCCAACGGAAGAGGACUACUUGGGAAUCUAUAGCAUCAUGUUUUGGACUCUUACUCUCAUUGGGGUUGUCAAGUAUGCCUGUAUAGCUCUUAAGGCUGAUGAUCAGGGUGAAGGUGGAACAUUUGCCUUGUAUUCCUUACUCUGUAGAAAUAUUAAUAUUGGAAUCCUUUCUUCAAAAAGUUCAGACGUAAACUCCAGUCAAUCACGUUGUGUACUUAAUGAGGACAACAGACAGAAAAGCAGACUUGGCAAAGUUUUUGAAACAAGUAUGGUUGCCAGAAGGGCGUUGCUUUUCAUUGCUAUGUUAGGUACAUGUAUGCUAAUCGGUGAUGGUAUUCUUACUCCUGCAAUCUCAGUGUUGUCUGCAAUGGAUGGACUAAGAGCACCAUUCCCUUCUAUCUCCAAAUCUUUAGUAGAAGCUCUUUCUGCAGUGGUUCUUUUUAUUCUGUUCCUGCUGCAGAAAUUUGGAACUUCUCGAGUGAGUUUUUUGUUUUCCCCUAUCAUGGGUGCAUGGACCUUGAGCACUCCACUUGUUGGAAUUUAUAGCAUUAUACAUCACUACCCCAGCAUAUUCAAGGCUUUAUCACCAUACUACAUUUUCCAUUUCUUUUGGAGAAAUGGAAAAGAAGGCUGGUUGAUGCUUGGCGGUACCAUCCUCUGUAUCACAGGUUCUGAAGCAUUGUUUGCUGACCUGGGUCAUUUUAACAGAAGUUCCAUUCAGAUAGCUUUCUUAUUUACAAUCUACCCGUCAUUAAUUUUAACGUAUGCGGGACAAACAGCGUAUUUGAUCAAGAAUCCAAAUGAUCAUAUGGAUGGAUUUUACAAGUUCAUACCAAAAACAAUUUACUGGCCAAUCUUUAUCAUAGCCACGUUGGCUGCAGUUGUGGCAAGCCAAUCACUUAUAUCAGCUACCUUCUCUGUCAUCAAGCAAUCUGUUGUACUGGAUUACUUUCCUAGGGUCAAAGUAGUGCACACGUCUUCCAACAAAGAGGGAGAAGUAUACUCCCCAGAAGUCAAUUACAUCCUUAUGGUUUUCUGUAUUGCAGUUAUACUUAUAUUCGGAGAUGGACAAGAUAUCGGCAAUGCUUUUGGUGUUGUUGUUAGUCUCGUCAUGCUCAUAACAACUAUAUUGUUGACACUGGUCAUGAUCAUUAUAUGGAGAACACCGUCAUUGUUAGUUGCAUUGUACUUCAUCAUCUUUUUUAUGAUGGAAGGUGUAUACGUUAGUGCAGUUCUGACCAAAAUUCCUGAAGGUGGAUGGAUUCCAUUUGCCAUAUCUUUUAUACUUGCCUUCAUUAUGUUCGGUUGGUACUACGGGAGACAGAGGAAGAUACAGUAUGAACUAACUCACAAGAUUGACUUGGGAAGACUUGGAAUGCUGUUAUCUGACCCGAGUGUGCAAAGGGUUCCCGGAUUGUGCUUCUUUUACACUAAAAUACAAAACGGAUUGACUCCCAUCCUAGGACAUUAUACUAAAAACAUGAGAUCGCUUCACAAGGUUACUAUUUUUACAACACUUAGAUAUCUACUGGUUCCUAAAGUUUCUCCACAUGAGAGGAUUGUGGUGAAAGAGUUGGGCCUUAGAGGAGUUUAUGCAUGUGUGAUUCAAUAUGGUUAUGCUGAUUCCCUAAACCUUGAAGGAGACAACUUUGUUAGUCAAGUUUUGGAUAGCUUGCAAGAGCAUAUAGAAAACUGCUCCAGUUUACCGUCUGAUCAUAUGCCAGUUCAAGAGGAGAUUUCAGAACUGAGCGAGGCAAAAACAGCAGGUGUAAUUCAUGUUCGAGGAAAAGCAAGGUUUCACAUAGGCAAGAGCACCAGCUUCUUUGACAGAUUCAUGCUUGCCUUCUACGAAGUGUUGCACAAAAACUGUAGGCCUGCACUGCCUGUUCUUGGGGUGCCGCUGCCGCAGUGUCUGGAGGUUGGGAUGUUUUACGAAGCUUGAAUAGAUGAUUGUAACAGGCACAUCAAGUACCAAGUUCACUUCCACGGAAAAAGAAGAAAAAAAAUUAAAGUAUAUGUUGAAGCUUUACAACCAAGCCAUAUCAGAUUGUGAGUUGAUUCAUCCCAUUUUUAGCGACUUGUUCCAUGGUUAAAUUUUGUUGUUAGUCCUUGGACUAUGCAUAAAUGUUGAUAUAGUUAUUGUGCUUUAAUUUAGUUGAUUUUAGUUCCUAUUUCAACUUUUGAAAAUUUAGUUUAGACUAAACAGUAACUGUUAAAUUCAAUAGCAGCCUCCAUAUGAAGUACUCCUUGUUUGUGACGACCUCCAUGGUGUUAGUAUGCUAAGAAUGGUUAUUGUAUAA